AUGGACGAUAGUUUAAAUCAAACUUAAUCAAAAAAGAAGACAUUCUAUAUUAGAAGAAAAGCAGAUGAAUAAUAAAAAUAACCUAAAUUAUAUUCAUAGAUUCCAGGAAUCGAUACCAAAUACUAAACAGUAUUUAAUUCUUUUUUUAAUUUAGUCAUUCAAUCAAGGUGCUUCUAAAAUAAUGCUAAAGAAACCUACUUCAGGUGUUCCAUCAUAAAUUAGUAGAGGAGGUUAAGAUCCAAGAGUAAGUACACCAAAGGGAGCAAUCAGUAGAAUAUCUGAAUUAGAUGAGGAAGAGAAGAAAAAUGAAGUAGAAGGUCCUUAGGUAUGAAUUCGAAUUAAAUAUGUAAAGUUGAAAAUGAAGAAAGAGCAUAUAUCAUUUUUGGUUAAAACUGAAACAGUCGGUUAUGAUAAUGUAGUAGUUUCAAAUAAUGGAAGUGCAGCUAUAUAUUAUGAAUGGAAGAGAAUUGAAAGUGUUAGGAAAUAACCUAAUUCAAUUUAAGAUAUAAAUGAAGAGAGGUUCUUUUGUCAUCAUGAUUAAAAUGUUAUAAAACCAGGAGAAAGAAUUAAAUUUGUGUUUAGUUUUCUAUCAAAAUAAGCAGGUGUAUUUAAUGAAGAAUGGGAAUUGAAAUGUGAACCUCCAUGUUUAACUUAAUUACCUAAUUUAAAAUUAACAGGUAUUUCAUUUAUAGAUGAUGAAUUAACUAAUGGAAGAAAAGAAUUUCAAAAAUAAAUUAAAAAUAAAUUUGCAUUAAAAAUAGCAACUGAAAUUGUUGAUGAUAUAUUUGAAGAAGUUAAAACACCACCACCUCCUAAACCAGAUCUUAAUGAUCCAGAAUAAUUUAAAAUAGAAUUUGAAGAAUUAAAUCUAGGAGAAUAAUUAUGGUUUACACAUGAAAUUAUGAAUUUCUUUAAUUUCUCAUCAGAUGAAAUAUGUUAAGUAUUGAAAUAAGAUAUACCUUGGAAUGGUGAUGUUAAAUUAUUAAGAUAAUCAUGUCAUACUAUAGAUGAAGAAGAAGUUAAAGAAUUAGUAUUACGUAAAUUAGAAUUAUGGGUUAAAUUGGCUAAGAAAGUACCAAUCUCUAGAAAUCCUAUUUAUAGUGUUGUUAAAGAUUUAUUAGGAGAUGUGGCUAAUCAAGUUCCUUAAUUAUCUGAAGAUAUGCGUAAAGAAUUACAAAUGUGGGAAUAUACAUUUCAUGAACCUGAAGAUUUAACACCUGAAAAAGCUAAAGCUAAAUUAGAUGAAUUUAAUAAAAUGAAAGCUAAUUGGUUAAAAAAUGCAAAAAAGAAGAAAUGGAAUGAUGAUAUGGAAAAAGAAUUAAUUGAAGAAUAUAAAAAUAAAUUAGGAGUUAAAGUAUCUGAAGCAUUAGCAUAAGCAGCUAUUAAAUUAGAAAAUGAUGGAUAAUUAUUAUAAGUAGGAGCAAUGAUGAAACCAGAAUUAAAAUGGAAUGUUUUUAGAAGGAGAAGAUAUUAAUCUACUUAUUUUUAUGAUCUUCUUAGAAAAAAAACUAUUCAAGAUUCAGAUAUUGAAGGAAAAAAAAUUGGAUUAAAAAUACAUUUAAAAUUAGCUAAUAGACCUGAUGUUUAUGAACUUAAAGAAAAAUUUGAAUAAACAUUACUUAAAGAAUAAGAAGAAGAAAAUAAAAGAUUGGAAGAAGAAAGAUUAGAAAAAGAAAGAUUAGCUUAAGAAGCAGCAAAAAAAAAAGGUAAAGGUAAACCAGUUAAAUAAAAAGAAGUUGAAGUUGUAUAAGGUAAUAUAUAAAAUUAAUAUCAAUAGUCUAAUAAAAGAAUUAUGAUUUAAGUCAUUUAGAUUAAGCAACACUUCAAGAAUGUGUUGACACUAUUAAAUUAUUGAUGGAAAGAUAAGCUAAAAUUGUUGUAUUACUUGUAAGUUAUGAUAAUCCAAGUGGAAAAUAUAAGUUUACAUCUUCAACUAAAUUCUUUUAUGAAUGGUUAAAGACACAUGUAGAAUGUCCAGUCUAUUUUAAUGAUGCUAUCAUUGAAAAUUUAGAUGAAUAAUUAGAAACAUAAACAUAUUAAGAAAAUAGUGUUUUAGUAUUAGAAAACUUAUUCUUUUAUCCAGAUGAAGUUGGUUACACUGAAGAAGAACCUGAUAUUGAAUCAAAAACACCUUUUAGAACUCUAUUACCUUAUGGCAAUAUUUAUAUUAUAGGAGAUAGAGUGAAUUUCUUUUCAAGAUUUUAUCCUUCUAUUAUUCAUAUGAAUGCAGAUUAAACAAUUUUAUCUUCAGCUAUUGCCAAAGAUAUACAUAUAUUAUGUCAUAAUCUUAUGGGUUGUUAAGAAAGAAAUGGAACUCUUAUUCUAGGUGGAGAUCUUACAGGGGAUAAAUUAUUAACAAUUGAUUAAUUAUCUGGACAUCUAUCAUCAAUAGUUUUGUUAGGUAAACUAGGAUUAUCAUUCUAUUUAACUAUGUAUGAGAUACCAAGUGAUCUUGUGUCAGAAGCUGUAAGAGAUGUUAUUAAAAAUCUACUUAAUGUUUUAAGAGAUGAAUCAACUGAAAAACCUCCAUAAAGAUUAACAAGAAUCAGUCAUCUACCUGAACAACCAAAACCUAAAGCAAGAUUAAUAUGUCCAUAAGAUUAUCUAAUUACUACAUUACCUGAAGGAUAUGAUCCUGCUAAUUAAGAACAUGUAUAGAUUGUAACUUCCACUAUUUCACCUUUUGUACCUGAAGGCAAUAUUUAAUUAGAAGAAGGAAAGAUACUCUUAGAUUAUGGACCUAAAACUAUUGAAAUUGUUAAAGAGGAAAUAUAAAAUGCAUAAAGGUUAUUUUGGAUAGAUGAUGCUAACCUUGGAUUAUACAAUAUUUAAAAAUAAAUAACUGUCCCUGAUUUUGAAGCCAUAGCUUUACUUAAGAAAUUAAGAGAAGAAGAAGCUGAAAGAGAAAGAGAGAGAUUGGAAAAAUUAAAAGAAAAAAAAGGAGGAAAAGGAAAUAAAAAAGGUCUCAAAGAAGAACCACCUAAGGAACCUAUUAAUAGUAAUAUAUUAUGAAAUAUUAAUUUUUUAGUUAAAACUACAAAGGAAAUUAAUGUUCCAGUAUUUAAUCUAACUAAUAAAGAAUUAGGUUUAUUUAUUUAUGAAAUGAAUCAAGAAAAGAAAGAUAGACAUUAACAUGCUUAAAAAUAAGGUCAUUAAGUUGCUUAUGAUUUCAAUUAAGAUUGUGUAGUCACUAUUAUUGGUGAAAAAUUGGAGAAAGUACUUAAUUAAGAAGAUUUUCAAAAUAUAGGAAAUGAGGAAGAAAUUGAAUAGGCUCCAGAACCCAGUUAAAAGGGAUCUUAAUUUCCUUAGAGUGAGGCAGGAGAAGAUUAAAAGGAAUAAGAGGAAGAAUAAAUUGAAGAAGAGAAAGUUAAAAUUAAUUAAGUAUAUUUAAAUAUCUUAAAUCUUAGGUGAAAUAAUUAUUAGCUGAUUUCUUUAUAUAAGAUUAAGAUUUCACUCUAUCAUUUCUAGCUGGAAAUUAAAUUCACAUCUAAACACUUGAUGAGUAUCCACCAAAACCAGAAUCUGAAAUUAACGAGGAGUAAUAUUUUGAAGAAGAUAGUACUCCUUGA